ACGAGGAAACUGUCCACAGACUCCCUCCCGACGACGCUCGCCUCGCCUCGGGAGUCGGGGUUUCAGCUUGUGCAGGAACUGCGAGUGUUCCCUGUGUCUCUCCCUCCUUUUUUCUCUCUCACUUUCCCGCUCCUUUUAUGACAAUAACAGAGUGCAACGGUGUUUUGUUAUUAGACUAAAUUCAAGCAGAGCUCCGCGAUGCAUGACGUGUUCAAAAAAGUGCAGGGCCUCCUGCACAUAGAUGCCAUCGUCAUCGACAAUAUAAUAUUUCGCUUCCACUACAGAGUGACGAUGGUGGUGCUCAUCACCUUCAGCCUCCUGAUCACGAGCAGACAGUAUUUCGGGGAUCCCAUCGACUGCAUCGUCGACGGCAUCGACAGCAAGCUCAUAGACGUCUAUUGCUGGAUACAUACCACGUUCACCAUGCCCUUGUUCUCUGGGGCCGUCAAAGGUGAGCAGGUGCCGCAUCCGGGCGUGGCAAAUCACUUCCUGACGGAUCAGUACACCAAAGAACUGCAGGAGGCUCAAGAGGGCGAUGCCCUGAUGAAGGCGCCCAUCAGGCAUCACAAGUAUUACCAGUGGGUGGCCCACUUCCUCUUCCUUCAGGCUAUACUAUUUUAUCUCCCGAGGUAUAUAUGGAAGUCCUGGGAAGCUGGUCGCCUCAGGAUGUUAGUCGACCGCCUCAACCAGCCUAUUGUCAAUGCAGAGGUUAAAAGACACAGGAUGAAUACAAUCAUCGGGUACUUCACGUCGAAUCUUCACAGACACAACGUUUACGCCUAUCAGUUCUUCAUUUGUGAAAUUUUCAACUUCAUCAACGUCAUUGGACAGAUUUACUUUACUGACAGGUUCCUAGACUUCGGUUUCCUAACUUUUGGGUCACGAGUGUACGAGCACGAGAGCGCCCGGGAUAGUCGACACGACCCCAUGGAGGAUAUUUUCCCCAAAGUGACCAAAUGCAGCUUCCACAGGUUCGGUCCUUCCGGAUCUAUCGUCCGCCAUGAUGCCUUAUGUGUCCUUCCCUUGAACAUCCUGAAUCAGAAAAUAUUUGCUUUUCUCUGGUUCUGGUUCAUCAUCGUUGCAGUCAUAACGGGCAUUGGACUCCUGUACAGGAUGGCUACAUUUUCCGCCGAUUUUCGACACCUUCUCCUUCGAGGCAGAUCUCGCUUAGCUUCAGCUGAAGAAGUCAAACGUGUGUGUCAAGAAUUUAUGAUCGGGGACUGGUUCCUUGUCUACUUGAUGGCUAAGAAUAUGGACCCAUUCGUUUUUAAGGACUUCAUCAGUGCUCUGGCUCCAAAGAUAACUAAUAAGGUUCAUCAGUCAUGAAUUGACAGGUAACGAACGUGUUUAGGAAGCAACUUAAUUUGAGGCUAUGUGGAGGUUUUGCUUUAAUAUUUUUUUUUAGUAAGAAAUGUAUACAAUUUGUUUUAAGGUCAAUCAAUGAACCUUCGGUUGUAUGUUACCGAAGUCACUUUCUUUAUAACAUCUCUUAGAACAAUAUUUGAAUGGGUAUUUGGCACAAUGUUAAGCUAUGUGGUUUGAUAUAAACAAAAUAUACUUUGAGAUUUCUUCGAUUAGUUAGAAAUGAAGAUCUGACGCGGCACCUGUUCUACAAUGAGGGAUUUUUUGUGGCACGAACAAAAGCUUGAACAGGGAAAUGGAAGAAUUAUAAUGACGACAUCUGAACGUAAACCGAUAUCGAAAAGACGAGGAGAGAAUUAUAAAGGAAAGGUCAAUUAAAUGCAUUGUGGAACCAAUCUUCUUUGUUACAAACCAUUAGCAAAUGUUGAAGAAUGCAACAAUCUUAAAUUCAGGGAGUGAUGGCAGGAAAUACUGGUAAUGAGAACCUGAGCUGAAUUUAAUAAUGCGUCCACUCAAAGGAGCCGACAUGCAAGCUCCCUUUGGAAUAGAAUAAUUCGGGUAAGAACUGCAUAUUCAUCACGACUAAAUGGUAGCGAGAGGAAUUUACACGAUGCCUCAUGACAAUGAGGGAAAUUACGUCGGACUUAUAGAAAGGUAGAAAGUUGCAUCACUUAUUAUAAUAAGGGAAUGUGUAUGUCUCAUGUCAAUGAGGGAAUUAGGAAUGACUUCAGUUUCACUGGAAAUAGAAAUCAUAAUAUCCAUCUUACAACAAUGGCGGGCAUUAUGUCAUUUGCAAUUCCCGAACGGAAUUGCCCAUAAUUUUUUACUGCGAUUUAAGAAUAACAAGUUUCAUGUCACUGGCAGGAAAUUUUUCGAUAGACUCUGGCUAAAAAAGAAACUAUCUUAUUCCUAUGGCAAAGCUAAAAAUUGCAUUGUAACUACGUUCACCUGCUAUGACAAAAAUAAAGAUAAUAAUCAUGAAAUCGUUGACAUUGGGCUUCUACGUGAGUAAAGGCGAUUUCAUCAACCAAAAUUGUUAAUGAGGUUUGAUUUCAAGCGAUGAUGCAAUGGUUGUUUUGCAAUAGAAUGCUUCGUACAUUCUUAAGGCCCAUGAAGUUUGUAGUGAACAAAUUUGCAAAUUAUUAUUGAUGUGUUAACGUGAAUAAAAGAAUAAGACAGGACUGUAUAAAACAGUACGCGUUAGAGGAAAGUGAAUGUGAUUUAUCAUGUCUCAUAGUAAAUUUACAUUUGUGAUGAGGAUAAUUAGUAAAGGAAAUAAUGAAUUUGAGAGGCCGAUUUACUUUGAUGUAGGAAAAGAGUUUCUGAUAUUUUCUAGAAGCCUUAAGAAAAUUCUUUAAGAUCAAUAUAUAUGAUUUACGAUGUAAAUCAUUAUAUACACUGAAUUUAGUUUCCUUUGCAGUUUCAUUUAUUUCCACUUUUAUCCUUUGUGUACGAUGCCAAGGCAACUAACCUUCGUCGUUAUGGGUUAUGUUUGCCCGUGAAGUUGUUUUCACAUCUUGUGAUCUUAUCUUGUCCACUUUAAUUGUAAGGCAGAAAAUUGUACUUAAGUAUAACCCUUGUAUUGGUGCUCUUAGACACGCUUACAUAGUAGGAUUGGUAGUGAUACUGUGACGUUAGCGUAAACCCUUUCUUAGUAUUGAGUGCUUAGUUGCUAAAUGGAGGCCUUAUUUCCAUUAAUAAUAUUGGUUUCUUUUACUUUUAAGCCGUGAAGGAAACAAAUGAUUAGUCUUCGAAGCCUAAAGGGGUAAUCAGAAUUUUGUGACCAGAAGCAGUUCCAAAUAUUAUCCUCAUGAAGUGAGAGGUAGCGUGGUGUCCCCAUAAUGAAGAUUGCCAAGAAAAUUACUUGUAUAUAUAUAUGUAAAGCAACAUCUCCGGUUAAGCCAGGAUGCGAAUACGGUUAAUAACAAUAACCGGCCUUGUUUUCCCCAGUAUUUAAGCUUAUUUACUGGAAGACAGUAUUGGAUGAAUGAUUUUGAAUGAACACAGAGGAAUCAAUAAGUGAAGUGUGCUUUGAUUUUUCUUUAGCAAGCUCCUGCGAAAAUAUGUUUAUUGCCAAAGCAUGUCUUCAUACGAGUGGAAAUAGGCUCUGUUCAUUUUAUGAUCGUUAUUCAGACAACGUAAGAAGGUUCUGUAAUAUCUCAGUGUUAAUCUGAUAUUAUUUAUUUAUGACAUCACUGUAAUGCCACACUAAGAUGUUGGGAGUUUUAUCUUGUUCCUCAAUAGUAUUUGAUUUUUCUGUGGCAGAUUUCAUUCAAGUCAAUCAAGCUGAUGAACUAAUAAAACCUCCUUAAAUAUUCAUUAGUGCUGCAUCUUCAUUCUAAGCAAAAAGGUUAGAUGGUCAAGAAAAAACGCAUUUCAUUUCAAUAUUUCAGUAUUUUGUCUAGACGUUUGUAACUAGUCAUAUUUUUGUCUUUAAAUUAUGGUCAUGCUUAAUUCUAGUGAAUUUAAACUAUGAACAUGCUUAAUUCUGUUGAAACACAUAAAAAUAUAUUGUAGUGAAAAAAAUUACUUCUAUGGUAUUGUAUGAAUUCUUACUAUCCCCAAUAAGAUUGAUGUCAUACUACGAUCUAAUUAUUUCCUUUCACAUCAAACGUUUCCUCCUGAAUUUUGCGAAUAUAUUUUGAAGAAAGCUGGAACACAUAGGAAUGGAUUUUUACCUUACCUGCACUAACAGCGUAACUGUAAAUGAAACAAACCGAAAUCCUUCCGACCGUCAUGACAGAUAUUAACAGAGAAGUGGGUUCAUUGUUCCAUUAGUGGUUCUGGAUUAAGAGAAUAUUGCUUAGCUUAUUUCAAAUGAAGCAGAGGGAUUGCAUUCUCAUGACCCACGGACAGAGGAAUUAAGCGAUUUUUCUCUGCUUUGUAGGUGACCACAGGAAUUUCAGUACCAGAAUAAACACGAAAUGACUCGUGCUUUGAUGAAGAAUUAUCCGUCUUAACAUUUUCAUUCCUGUGGUGAAGUUGACAGUGUGGCCUAACUUUAGGGAUAUUGAGAGUCGGCAGCCGUAUGCUAAUGCUCUUUGUGUUAUGUAUUAGUAGAUGGUUCUGUAUAAUGGUUCAGGAGAUUUUUUAUAUCCUUUGAACGUGGCCCCGUAUAAUCAGCAGGUCAUGCAGCAUUUGUGGGUAGUAACGCAAUGUUUCAAAUGUUUAGGAAUUUAUUAUUUGUUUGAUAUAUGAAUUUCAAGUAAAUCCUCUAAUUUUAAAUACUAUUUGAAUGUACUUUUUAUUUCUUUGUGAGUGAUAUAUCAUAUAAGCAAAAUUAUUCGAGGGAGUAGCAUUAAUAUUGCUGUUAAUUUUGCUUUUUUUUUUUUUUUUUUUUUUGAGGGGGUGGGGAAAUAUCUGUCUACCAGGUUGUGGAGAUUCGGUCUUUUUUUGUUAAAUCUUGAAAAGGAGGCAUUGUCAGUGUGUAAAGAGAAACUUGAUUUAUAUGAUUUUCGUUUUUAGAUAUUUAUUGAUGUAUUUAGGAGGGCUAUUACAGUUACUGACACUUCUGGGGUAGAAUAGCAUGUUACUUCCUUUGAUGUCAGAAGUGGAUUUACAUGCAUUAUUAUCAUACCUUCAUGUGUACACAUUUUGUUAGGAUUAGUGAUAUCCAGUAAUAUCAUACCUCCUCAAUCACUUAUGGUAAUCCUUCUUAAUUCCUCUCUCACAAACUUCGUUUUAGAAGUUCGUCGGAUUUAUUGAUUUGUAAGUCUAUUCUACGAUGAUGAUGAAUAAAAGAUAAGCUUAUAUUGUA